AUGGGUUGGGCUAGCAUAUCAGUUGAUGGUAUGGCGGCUCUAGCUCGUGCGAUGAAAUCAAGUACUACUUUAACAUCGUUUCGGAUGUCGCAUUGCAAUCUGACAAAUGAACGUGCCGGUCGGAUUGAGAAAGGUGCAGUUCAAAUUGCUGAUGCAUUAACAGAUAACCACACUGUUACUCAUCUUGGUGUCUGGUCGAACAAAAUCUCAUUUGCUAAAAUAAACGCUGUAGCAGAUGCAUUAAGAGUAAAUGAAACUUUGAGAGAGAUAAAUAUUAGUGGAAACGAUAUAUCAGACGAGGCUGGUAAGUUAAUUGGAGAGGCAUUAAGAUUGAAUAAAACAUUAAUGACACUGGACAUGCGAGACACCGACAUGACAACAACAGGUUUGAAGAUGAUAACAGAUGCUCUAUGUGUGAAUGCAGAUCGAUUAAAAGUGAACAAAACUCUUGUGGAUCUUGGCAUUAGCUCAUGGAAGGUAUCAGCGAGCAGUGUUGAAACAUUUUGUGAUGCACUGAAAGUAAAUGAUACGUUGGUGAGACUACAUAUGAGAGAGUGCGAUAUUCUCGAUGAUGGCACAUGUGCAAUAUUAAAAUUACUAGAAAUGAAUAACACUCUUACUCAUCUCACGUUAAGCAAGAACAACAUUGGUGGCAGAAGACCCACGGCUAUAGCUAAUGCACUUCGAGUAAACAACACUUUAACCGCUCUGCAUAUCCGAUCAAACAAUAUCUUAGAUGAUGGUAAGAAAGCAAUCAGAGAUGCUUUACUAGUGAACACAACGUUAAGUACGCUGAAUGGGGAAGAUAUCUCAGAACGAGAUGAGAAAGCUACUGUCGAUGCAUCGAAGAGCUGA